AUGCCCUUUCACACAGCGGCCGUUAUGCCGGUCGCUCGGGUUCAAAAGGUUAAUUGGAACAAAGACGUUUCUUUUGAUGCGUUUGUCUCUCUCGUCCUCCAGACGUUUCUUUUGAUCCUCCAGACGUUUCUUUUUGAUGCGUUUGUCUCUCUCGUCCUCCAGACGUUUCUUUUGAUGCGUUUGUCUCUCUCGUCCUCCAGACACGUUUCUUUUGAUGCGUUUGUCUCUCUCGUCCUCCAGACGUUUCUUUUGAUGCGUUUGUCUUUGUCUCUCGUCCUCCAGACGUUUCUUUUGAUGCGUUUGUCUCUCUCGUCCUCCAGACGUUUUUCUUUUGAUGCGUUUGUCUUUCUUUUGAUGCGUCCUCCAGACGUUUCUUUUGAUGCGUUUGUCUCUCUCGUCCUCCAGACGUUUCUUUUGAUGCGUUUGUCUCUCUCGUCCUCCAGACGUUUCUUUUGA